AUGGCAAGGAAUACCCGUAACAGUUCUAACAGUGGUGCUGCUGGUGAUGGUGCCGGCAAUGGUGGUGCUGCGCAAGUUGAAAUGGGACAAGUGUUGGGGGUGUUGGCGCAAAUCUUGGAAAGAUUGGUUCCACAGCCGGCUAUGAAUCUGCUAGUGCCGAACGUGCCACCUGCGGUACCAGAAGUUCCAUCUUACUUGACAGUGAUGGACCAUAUGCUGAAACUGGGAACUAAGUACUUCUCUGGUGGUGCAAAGCCUAUUGAGGCGGAUGAAUGGAGAAGUUGGCUUGAGAGGAACUUUAGUUUUGUUCGGUGUCCACAGGAGUAUCGAAAGGACAUUGCGGUGCAUUACUUGGCUGAUGAAGCGCAUACUUGGUGGUUGGGGGUAGCCAAUCGGUUGCCGAAUCCGAACUGUUCGUGGGAAACUUUCCGGGACUUGUUUCACGCUAAGUACUUCCCACAAGAAGCGCGUGACCGGCUUGAGACUGAGUUCUUGGACUUGCGUCAAGGGACAUUGACUAGGAGGGAAUAUGAAGCUAAGUUUAAUCGCCUUAAGAGGUAUGGGGGACAUGAAAUGGAGGAAGAGCAGGUUCAGGUUUGUCGAUUCCUGCGAGGGAUGAGGAUCGAUGUUCGUAAUCUUUGCAUGAUUCGUAACUAUGCGACCCUUUCCGAACUUGUGGAAAAGGCGGCGAUGCUAGAAGAUGUUCUUGCUGAGGAAGCAAAGAUGGUGGCUAAGCAGGUGUCGACCCCGACGGUACCGCAAGGUAAACUAGGGAACGGUGCCGGGCAAAAGAAAAGCUGGGGGAAAAAAGGUUUCUUAGGAAACCCAGUGUGCUCCACUUGUAAGAAGGUCCACUCUGGUACGUGCAGACUCCUUACCAGAGAUUGUCUUCAAUGCGGUAGCAGGGACCACAAGAUAACCGACUGUCCGGAGAGGGAGAGAGUGGCUGACACGCGAGUGUGCUACAAUUGCGGUGAUCCUGGUCACUUAAGGCCUAACUGUCCGAAGCUUGGGUAG